UCGCCGGUGAUGUAGUAACUCCCCGAUUUCGGAGUACGCUUUCCCAGUGAACGUGUAAAAUUUUCUAGUUCCCUCUACACUCGAAUUACGUGUCGAAAUGAAGCGUGGAAAAAACGUCUUAAAUCGAUUUGCAAUUCUAGUUCUUUUCGCUUGCUAUAUGUACCCAAGUCUACUUUAUAAGUCAAUAACAUCGUUUACAACGGAAGAAAUCGAUUCAGGUCACCUUGGUUCCGCUCGAGAGAUUCGAUCCGUCGAAUUUGAUGCAACCGAAACAACUCGAAGAAUGCAAUCAGAAACAACCUCGGCAUCAUCACAAAAUUGCGUCAAACCCUCCAUAGACGACUUUCCAAACGAUUUUAUGACCCAGUAUCAGCGACAGAAGCAAGGAGGCGUUGUAAUUCAUUUUCUACUGGCCAUUUAUAUGUUUGGAGCACUGGCCUUAGUAUGCGACGAUUACUUCGUUCCCUCGCUGGAACAGAUCACCAACAAGCUUCACAUGGGCUCUGAUGUUGCUGGUGCGACUUUUAUGGCGGCUGGAAGCUCCGCCCCUGAGUUGUUUACCUCGAUAAUCGGUGUUUUUAUCACUAAGAGUGACAUCGGUCUUGGGACGAUAGUUGGGUCUGCAGUUUUUAAUAUCUUAUUUAUUGUGGCCAUGUGUGGCUUGUUUGCCGGCACCGUCCUGCGUUUGACACCCUGGCCUCUGUUGCGUGAUUCAUUUUGUUAUCUUUUGAGCAUCGUUGCACUGAUUGCGAUCUCUUACGAUCAAUAUGUCUACUGGUAUGAAGCAAUGGUGCUAGUGAUUAUGUACCUGUUGUACGUUGUUAUUAUGUAUUUUGACAAAACUCUUGAAAACUCUUUUACGAAAUUGACGGGAAUGGGCAGAGUGGUCACUGAUGCUGAGAGAAACAAGAAACAAGCAGAUGAACAAAGAUCAUUACUGAAAGAAGAUGACGAAUGUGGGGAAGAUUCCUCGUCCCUUGGAGAACAAGAAGAGGUGAAGAUCAUUGACGAGAAUGAUGAUUCGCCAUUUUCAGUGCCUCCCGGCUUGUUUGCCCGCGUUCUUUGGAUCCUUGCGUUACCAGCCAUAUGUUUGUUUUACGUGACGAUACCUGACUGUCGCAAAGAGCGGUGGGAACAGUGGUAUCUAGUCUCAUUCUUUUUAUCAGUGAUAUGGAUUGCACUACUCUCCUAUAUUUUAGUUUGGAUGGUGUCCAUCAUUGGCUUCACCCUGGGUAUCCCAGAUGUCAUCAUGGGCCUGACAUUCCUGGCAGCAGGUAGCAGUGUGCCAGAUGGUAUAUCCAGCCUAAUUGUUGCUCGUCAAGGAGAUGGAGACAUGGCUGUCUCAAACACAAUAGGCAGCAAUGUAUUUGACAUUUUACUGUGCCUUGGGCUGCCUUGGUUGCUGAAGACUACAGCAGUGGACCCUGGAGGUUAUGUUGUUGUGUUAAGUGGUAGCAUUAUUUACACAUCAAUUUCCCUCUUUGGAACUGUGUUUGUCACAAUAGUUUUAGUAGUGACAAACAAAUGGUAUUUGAAUAAGUGCGUGGGAAUAGCUUUUCUGUUGCUAUAUAUAUUAUUCAUCACAGUUGCAACCCUUUUUGAGCUUAAUCUCUUUGGGAACUACAACCUGCCAACAUGUUAGACAUAGAAAUUACAAUUGUCUAGUGUUUAUAUCAUAAAAUUAUACACUUCUUUUUCCAAAAUAAUUAUACCAUCUGAAUAGAUUUUAAAACUCUUUUAAAAAGGUUAAACAUGAAAUCUCAUUAUUAUAACAUUUUGUUGUUAAAUUAUAAAAAGAUGAGUGGAGAGACUUCAAAAAGAAAAAGAGAUUCCAAAUAUUUGAAAUGAUUUUCAAAUUGGAAAGUCCUUCAAAACAUUUUUAUGUUAACAACUGGAUUCUACGUGAUCCUUUUAAAAAUAAUUCAUACCCUUCACAUUAAGGCAAUCAAGAA